GGCCCCGGCCUCCGAUAAAGCGUGCGGGGCGGCAGCCGGGCCUGCAGAGCCGAGGAUGGGAGAAGAGCGGGCGGUCUAAGCGGAGCCCCGGGCCUCCUCGCCUCUUCUCUCCGCACCUCGCUCUCGCGGCCUACCCGCCCUGCCGCCGGCUCGCGCCCCAGAAAGCUCCGGUGCGUGGACCAGCGAGAGCCGGAGAGGCACGAACAGACCCACGAGAGGCGCGAACGCCACUCCAAAAGGAGAAGGGCUAAAGAGGGCAUCGAUACCGUUGACCUUAUGUGGCUGGGAACACCUUCCACCAUGGCCACCUCAGCGAGCUCCCACUUGAACAAAGGCAUCAAGCAGGUGUACAUGUCCCUGCCUCAGGGUGAGAAAGUCCAAGCUAUGUAUAUCUGGAUUGAUGGUAGUGGAGAAGGACUGCGCUGCAAGACCCGGACCCUGGACUAUGAGCCCAAGUGUAUAGAAGAGUUGCCCGAGUGGAAUUUUGAUGGCUCUAGUACUUUUCAAUCUGAAGGCUCCAACAGUGACAUGUAUCUCGUCCCCGCUGCCAUGUUUCGGGACCCAUUCCGCAAGGACCCCAACAAGCUGGUGUUCUGUGAAGUCUUCAAGUACAACCGAAAGCCUGCAGAGACCAAUUUAAGGCACACCUGUAAACGCAUGAUGGACAUGGUGAGCAACCAGCGCCCCUGGUUUGGCAUGGAGCAGGAAUAUACUCUCAUGGGCACAGAUGGACACCCCUUUGGUUGGCCUUCCAACGGCUUCCCUGGGCCCCAGGGUCCAUACUACUGUGGUGUGGGAGCAGACAGAGCCUACGGCAGGGAUAUCGUGGAGGCUCACUACCGGGCCUGCUUGUAUGCCGGCAUCAAGAUUGGGGGCACAAAUGCCGAGGUCAUGCCUGCCCAGUGGGAAUUCCAGAUAGGACCCUGUGAAGGAAUCGACAUGGGAGAUCAUCUCUGGGUGGCCCGUUUCAUCUUGCACCGUGUAUGCGAAGACUUUGGAGUGAUUGCCACCUUUGAUCCUAAGCCCAUUCCUGGGAACUGGAAUGGUGCUGGCUGCCACACCAACUUCAGCACCAAGGCCAUGAGAGAGGAGAAUGGUCUGAAGUACAUCGAGGAAGCCAUCGAGAAACUAAGCAAGCGGCACCAGUACCACAUCCGAGCCUACGAUCCAAAGGGGGGCUUGGACAACGCCCGGCGCCUAACUGGAUUCCACGAAACCUCCAACAUCAACGACUUCUCUGCCGGUGUGGCCAACCGUGGUGCUAGCAUCCGCAUUCCCCGGACUGUCGGCCAGGAGAAGAAGGGUUACUUUGAAGACCGUCGCCCCUCUGCCAACUGUGACCCCUUUGCGGUGACAGAAGCCCUCAUCCGCACGUGUCUUCUCAACGAAACUGGCGACGAGCCUUUCCAGUACAAAAACUAAGUGGACUAGACUUGCAGCUGUCAAAACCCUUCCUAAUCCUACAUCCUGCUCCCACUCUCACCCCUUUCAACUCUCAUAAUAGCUAUAAUUCAAAGGGCGGAAUAUCAAGGUCUUUUUUUUAUUCCUCACGUCCAGUUAAUAUCUUUUGCUUUCUUUGGCCAGGAUAGAGGGGUCAAGUUCUUAAUCUUUUCACACCCACCCACCUACCCCCCCCCUCCUGGCCCCCCCUUUUUUCCCUAUCACUGAAGCUUUCUAGUGCAUUAGUCGGGAGGGGGUUGGGAAAACAUAACCACUGCUUCCAUUUAAUCAGGUGUGUUUGUCCAGUAGGCAUAGCUAUCCAGACAGAGAGCAUAGUAUUUGUGAAGGAAGGGGGAGGACUUGCUCAGUGGUAGCUGGGCGGGGGGGGGGGGGGGGGGGGGGCUUGAUUCUGUGGUUAGGUUAGGAUUUCCCUUUCUUGGUGAGAAGUUCCAUUACUUACAAGAUUGUAACCAACUUUCUAUUAAAAGUGAGAACUAGGGGAGAAGGAAGGGUGGGAAAUCAGGUGGGAAAAUGCCAGUAGAUCUCCUGGUGUGGUGCUUCCCUUGCCUGGGGCUAAAUGCCCUGACAAGCUCCGCAUAAAUGGAUGGAUAGCCCUACCUUAAAAGUUCAUGUUUGGUUCUCCAUUAUAACACAAAACAGAGUAGUAUUUUUAUAUUUAAAUGUAAAAACAAAAAAAUUAUAUAUACGGGUGUGCAGAUAAAUGUGUGUUUUCUCCUUAAGGAGAAAAAACCAUUCUGGUCACGGGAGGCCAAAUUUGAGUCGAGUAGUCUGGUUAGAAGUAAGGAUCUCCUUGGGGGUGGAGGUGGGGGAGGCGGUGCUUGAAAAGUUGGCUAUUUGGGGCUCUUAUUCCCUCACUGCCAUUUUAGGGCUUCUCUGUGCUCUGCUCAUCCUUCUGGGGAGGCUGCCGCUGGCUGGUUAACAGGUGGAAGCCCGUGAUAGCAGUAGCAGUCACCUGAGCCCUGGGGCUUUGGUUUAAAAGACACACAUAUACUUGUACACACAGGGGUUUGGAAAUAUGAGUUGGCUGGUCAACUUGAGCAUGUUACUGACAAGGGGGUAUUGGGGUUAUUUUCUGGUGGGACUAGCAUGUCACUAAAGCAGGCCUUUUGAUAUAUUAAAAAAAAAUUUUUUUUUUAAAAGCAAAACAGAAGUUUAGAUUUUAAUCAUAUUUGUAGGGUUUCUAAGUCUUUGUUUUACAGAAUUGUGUGUUUGCUUCAGCUGUCUCCUUCCCAUCUCUGCUCUUGGAGGAGAUGGGGACAGGACUGGAGUCAAAACAGUUAUAGUUUUGUAUCCUGGUGUCUGUUCUCUGAGUGUGAAACAUCCCCUUCCUUUGUUAAAGAUUCUUGAGGAGUUUUUUUCCUUUUAUAAUAAAAACAAAUCCCCCUUUUGUCCCCACA